AUGUCCACACGGGUAGGUGGCAGCUCAGCUUCCUUUAUCACAAGAUCUCCUCUAAGAGCUCUUCAACAGAUUCUUCUCAUGUUUUUCUUGCUGGCUGCUUGUUUGGCGGACAUGCAGCAGGACGCGAACGAAGAUGAUCAGGAGCAGCCAGAGCAUAUUGAUGGGCGCUCGUUCUUCUUUCUGGGCACCUUAUUUCGACGCUGGCGCGAUCGUUGGCUGGCCUUUCACGGCUCUGCGCCGCUCUUUGCCGGCGCUGCUUUCCCUCUCAAUGGCUACUUCAACUGUCCGUCGUACGGCUGUAAUCCUGCAGCCAUUGGACCGCAACCAGGUGGCUUCUACCAGACCUACUAUGCCUCGCCGAUCCCGCCGCAGCCCCAACAGCAGCAACAGCAGCAGCAGCAUCAACAGGCGCAGGGCAAUAGCAAUGUCUACAUAUAUCAGUCUGAUCAGAACAUGGCUAGCUCUGUGCCCCAGCCGCCGUACGGGCCCGGUUUCUUCGGGCCAGCCCGGCAGCCCACGCCGCUGACACCACCGCCGCCUCGCCCGCUGCCUCUGCCUCUGCCGCCGCCAGCACCGCUGCCGCUGCUGCCAUCGGCCAUGCCUCCGCCUCAAGGGAGUGCUAGCAGCUUUGGAUUUGGACCUGGACCUGGCCCUGGAACCGUUCCGCUGCCAGCCUGCGGACCCAACUCGUUGUCCUGUGCUUUCGGCUAAGCAGCCUCGCCUAAGUAAACAACGCAGACAAAGUAAAAGAAAACAAUACAAUUUUAAUUGA